UUUUCGACAAGUACAGUUAUUUUACGUGAAUAACACAGCACACGGGCCAAAGGCUUUACGUCCCAUCCGUUAGCUCCAAUUCCUAUGUAAUUUAAUAUCUCAACUCCAUAAGCCCGUUCAGUUUUGCUUCAUUGUUUCCGAAGUGAAUUUGAUUUAUAAUCUUUGGUGCUGCGAGAAAAUUUACAAGCUAAUAAUAAUGUGUAUUAAAGGAAGUGGUAGGCCUUAUCCUGGCCGAUUAAAUGUGCGUAAAUCCUUUUCAGGUUUCAAACGAAAAAUUGUAAUAAUGAGCACACCAUGUGAUUGGUCCGCAUCAUUAGAGAUAUCUAAUACUGGAUGCUUGUAAGAACCAAAGAUAUUUCAUGCAUAGCGUCGGGGAAAUGAGUGUUAAGGAAGUGAAAGAUCCGGCUUUAUAGAAUGGAGGACACAAUUUACACCAAUUGAUAAUAACAUACCGAAAAUACUACAACUCGAGCUUUUGUCUGACGUGUGAACCUCUGCUGUGAGAAGUCACUGAUUUAAUUACGAAAUUUACACAAGGUACGAAGACAAUGAGAAUCCGUAGGUCCACCAUUACCAUCGGGUUAUGGUGUCUUCAGCUUUGUAUAAGUCUGUGUCUUGUUUCACGGAUUGCAAAUUGUGAUGACGGUUUAAGCGCCGAAGAAUCAGUUGGCGUAGAUAAUUCAGAUGAGUCACAAGAAGAAAUCCGCCAAAUAGACUUGAGUGGCAGCUCCAAGUGCGUUAGGUAUGGCCAGCAGGGGCAAUAUGCUUACCGGCUAUACUGCGAUUACUGUUCCAUUGACCAUGAAAAAGAAGACCUCCCCGGACCUAUUAAAAUUGUCGAAACGUCAGAUUGUUCAGCUACCAUUGAAAGGUGUACCGCGGAUGCAUUGAUCACAACGCCAACAAGGACGCUCAAACCUGUGUGCGGGAGGGGAAACAAGAAAAAGAAGUGGUACUGUGGUUUUUGUUCUUUGCAAAAGGAAAGAGCAGUCUUUAAAUUGACAUGCCCGUUGUCGAGUAAUAAGCCAAGUUGUGAAGAUGAAACACAAGGCCCUGAUGGCACCGCCACGCAGGCCCCAGACAACACACCCGACAUUACCCCCGACAAGAGCCCUGACAACACCCCCGACAACACCCCCGACAGCACCCCCGACAGCACCCCCGACAAGGGCAGCAAAGACAAGAAGUACCGGUACGUAAAGCAGUACUGCGUAGCAAGUGAAGAAGAUGUUACAUUUAAUGACUGCGGACAGAAAGCACCAUCAUUCGGAGUCAAAAUGCCGGAGUUUCUGGAAAAAUAUAAGACGGAAUUAUAGUAAACUUGAAAACUAGAAUAAAAGUUUGUACACCAGUGGUCUAGCCCACACCCCUCCCUGGCCUCGGUCUAGUUCCCCCACGGGCGGCGGAACAGGGGCCCGGGGAGCACCUUUAAAAAUUGGUCAAUUUUGCUUCUCCCUAUAUGCAUAAUAAUUUAAACUGUUUAAAAAUCUGCUUAAUUAGAUUGAAGUACUAUUUUAAAUCACGUUUAUUUUUAAUAAUAAAAUUUGCUUUAAAAUAAACCUUUCGACGAAUUAGCGAAUGAAUUGUCA